GGACGUCCCCUAGUCCAAGCCUCCAGCGAUAAAAGAGAACCAGCGACAGAGCCACACUGUCAAUAUGUGGGCCGUCGAGAUAGACAGCAAAACGUCAGAUUCUGACAAUGACAGCCACAUCUUCUCUGAUGACGAGAGGGACAUUCAGUGUGAGAUUCUGGAGAUACAAAGGGAUGAAGCCAAUCAGAAACUCUCUGAGAUUGAACAAGCCUCUUCUCAGCUACUGAAGGAGAUUGAUGCCCUGGAGUUACAGUUCCAGGUAGAGCGAGCCUGCAGGGAGACUGCAGAGGCCUUGGCUGUGAAGGUGACUAAAGAGAACAAAGUGCUGAAGAGACAGAGCCUGGCCUUGAUGCCGCUCAUCCCAGAACUGCCAGAGAACCUCGACCUUCUGACCUUUGACCCAGAGAAUGAUGCUGGUAAUGACCCUGGCACAGCGGGAGAUGCUGGUGCUGACCUACUCCUGCAGAGCCAAGCCCAGAUUCAAGAGCUCCAGGCCUCUCUGGAUGACCUGCUGGCUGAGAAGAUGCGCUUGAGCGAGCAGGUGGACGAGCUGCAGAGAGAAAAGGCUGACCUCACCGAGCAGCUCACUCGUGAGAUGGAGGAGAAGGAGACCCUCUUGAAGAAGAUGACCAAACAGAGCAGAGCGGUGAAUAAGAUGAAGAGAGUCUCCCACCUGGUGACUGAGGAGUUUGCAGAGAUGUCCCAACAGCUGGAGAUGGAGCAGGGACUGAGACAACAUGCUGAGAUCUUUGCCCACCAGGUGCUGGUCCAGAGGCCCACUGGUGAGAUGGAGCUGCAGCUGCAGCAGUCCCUGGAGCAGGUGGCCAAAAUCAGCGGCUCCCUGGGAGAGAUCUGCCUCCACUACCGCAACCAGGCUGAGCCAGGCUCUGAGCUGCUGCUGCUGCGUGAGCGUGUGCAGGACAGUGAGCUGAAGAGGAGUGUGCUGGACGCCCAGCUGGUAGAGGCCCACAGGACCAUCGCAGAGCUGCUGGGCCAGAUUAAGCAGUUUCAGGAUAGGCUGCAACCGAAGACUGAGGGGCAACCUAACGAAAUGGUCCAAUCAAAGGACGAGACCCCAAGCCUUGGCCUGCCCCCUCCUCCUCCUCCUCCUCCUCCUCCCCCUGGUCUUCCCCCGCCUCCUCCUCCUCCACCUCCACCUCCACCACCACCACCUCCACCAGUUUCAAAGACUGCUGUCGACCCAUUGGAUGAGCUGAGGAGCAGAAGAAAGAAUGCAGGAAAUACAACAGACCCCAAUAAGGGUCAUUCAUCCCUAGACAUAAAGUCCAGAGCUGUGGAUGAGAUGAUGGAACGAAUUAAGAAAGGGAUUGUUCUCAGACCCGCCCAGAAACCAAUACAGAGUGCCUUUGAUGAAGACGACAACAAAGAGCAGAAGAGUGAGAAGAGAAAGUCCGCUAUUCUUGAGCUCCAGGGGAUGCUGGACUCCAUGAAUAAGCGGGGACCCAGAAGGGUGGGGUCCCGGAAUCGCAUCAGUCGGAACGUGGGGGAGGCGGAGUUACAGCUUGUCCUUCGGAGGAGAAGGCGGGCCAUGGGUGAUGAGCAAGAGGCUCGGCCAACCGCCACCGCUGACUCCACCACCACAACUUCACCCAAACAAGGGGGUGGCCCUGCCUCGGCUGGCCCAGCCUCGAGCUCUCUUCCCUGGGCUGGAGAGAGUGGCAGUGCCCCUGUGCUGCGGAGGCUGAAGCAGAACCGGGAGAAUAGGAACUCGCGAAUCAGAGAAUCUCAGUUCAUCUUGGAGGAAGUCAACGUUACGAGUCCAUGAAGUUGUUGAACGAUGAUCUUUUGGUGUUGCUGUGGUUUCUCUGUAAGCAAUCUAGGGUCAGAGAGUGUCAGAGAGAAAACAGGUCUAAAGAUGUAAAAACUGAAAUGUUCUAGAAUAUUAGAGCAUAACACAAUUUUGUUUUGUGUCAAUAUAGUACAGAGAAGAGAGAGGGAGAGGGAGUGAGAGGCGGACGUUCUGACAUUCUUUAUAAAAAAAUGACUCUCAUUUACACCAGUCCAGCAGUUAUCAAUGUACAUCUUUGUUCACAAAGUUUGGAUUUGUAAUACAAUUGUAAUACUGUACCAUGAUGUGUGCUUACCCUAACACUUAUCUUCACAAGUUGUAGGCUACUCAUGUGGCAACAUGUAAAGGAUAGACAUUUCACGGUUAUUUUCAUAUGAAGAAGAACCCAUUUGUUUUCUGUUGGUCCAAUUAACACAGCUUAUUUUGCUGACAGUGCAGGCACAGCGAAGUCUGACGCAUUAAGUGGGCCGAAGUUCAUUAAUAAAAGAUACAGUCUAUAGAAAGAUAGUCUUGUCUAUUUCAGAGUCUGUGCCUUGACUUCCCGCUACCUAUCACUGCCAAACUCUGGCCCAAUUUUAUGGACACAGAGAUUGUAUUUGCAUUAAAACGAGGAAGACACCGGAGCAGCAUAGUUUAUAAGGCUUACAUUUUUUUUUUAAUGCAAAGGUGCACCACAACAUACUAAUGUUUCA